CGCUUCCACAUAGUUUCCAUCCUUCGGCCAUCGCCGCCAUCGCCGACGCCAUACGUUGCCCAUGAAAAUCUACAAGAUGCUUGUGCACUGGGGCAUCAUGCUCACCGUCCCAACAGCGAUUGCACUUGCCGUGUUCAAGCCUCAGAGCGAAGACGAUCAGCGGGCAAUGUUGGAGGCCAAGUACAAGGACGACAUCGAUCGACAGAGGAAGAACCGAGCCAAGAUCAUGGAUCUCCUGCGACCUGCUUCAGACAGCAGCGAGGGUAAAGUCAAGAGCGACGAAUUCACCGACCGCGUCAUGCGAGGCGACCCUGCCACGCGACCAGAGUGGGUCAAACGCUUCGAGUAAUGCAUGUCCAGUCUUCGCCUCCAUUGUCUAUUUGGGCUCAACAGCAAACCCAGUUGCGGAGAG